AUGGGAAGACAAUGGGGAAUGAAAACUGCAUGGGCAAAGUCGUUCUUUGUGCCGGAGUUUAUUGCCGCGGCUUCUGUCCACGAUGUGGUGGAUGCCGUACAGUUUGAAGAGGAGGGGGGAAAAGGGCGAAGCAGCAGCGCCUCUCGAGCGCUCCGCGUGAAUAACAAGGGAUCAGUUUCAAAGGUUGCAGUGGCUGCAUCAUGGCGAUGCACUCGCUGUGGUUCUGUUCUGAGGGUUCCAACCAAUGCACACACGGGGCGGCCGUCGUUCUUCAUCCUCGCCGAACACCUGGAGGGCGUUUCUUCCUCGGGGACGGCACCCAUCACGGGUGUCGAGCCAUGCCGGGUGGGUCUGAUACGCUACGCACCGAACAACGACCCGCACUCGAGCGUCAGCGGUGAAGAAGGAAGGAAGGCAUUGAACGCACUGCAGCAACUGCUCUUUGGGGAACCCACAGAAGAAAGUGGCAAGGCGAACAAUGGUGGUAGCGGUGAAUUCCCUGUGCGCGUGUUUGUCGCCGUUGAAAAUCCCAAAACACCCGCCAAUUUGGGUGGUAUUCUGCGCGCUAUUGGCUGCUUUGGGUACUCGGGUCUCAUCUUCUCUGGCACUCGUCUACUGGCGGCGCUGAAGCAUCGUCCGGUGACAGACACACAGGCAGCUGGGUUUAGUAGCCCAUAUGUUGCUAUCCCCGACAUAAUAAACCUAUUUGAGGUGCUAGAGGGCGCUACUUCCUUUGAGGCUUUCGUGGUUGCGGUGGAUAUGAUUGAUGGUGCCACCCCACUGCCGUUAUACCGUCAUCCGUGCCUCCAUGCCCUGGAUGGCGGUGCCAGAAAACGGAGUCGAUGCACGUUGCCAAAUUUGGUUGUUUAUCUGUUUGGUCCAGAAGAUGGAUCGAUCCGACAAGAGGUACUUGCUCGCUGUCACUCCGCUGUGUUUCUACCCACACAAGGCAGUUUAAACCUCGCGGCGGCAGUGAAUGUCGUGCUGUAUGAUCGCUGCGCGGCACAAUGGCGCUUGACGGCCUCCGAUGACGAUAUGACUGCAAAAGCAGCGGUGGCGGCAUCACGUGAUGCUGCCGCACGUUGCCUUCGAAGCCGCAACGCCAAUAACUGGACAUCGUGGUGUGAUCCCCAUUCUGUUGCUGUUGCCGUGUCUUCAUCGCAAUCUGAAAAAAAAUAA